UUUUAUUUAAAUUUGCCAAACAUGGAAGGAGGGGAAGAUAAAUUUGACCUGCAUAAAAUGAUCGAAAUGUCAAAGAAUGUCUCCGAAAGCUGAGGAUCAAUCGACAUUGACAUGCUCUGUGAGUACUGAGAAUGCUUCGUCCUCAUGCUCAAAACCAUGGGCAAGCUAGUAGAAGUAGGAUUCUCUGAUAUCAUUACCAAGUGCAAGAUCAUUAAGGAAAAUAGAGAGAAGUGGAUUGAAAAAGGAGAGGAAAUUAAAUCAGUAGAGCAGCUCUUCGAAGUCGAAAUCUCCUACGGUCUGGGUCAGGCAAACGGAAGCAAUAACAAGUCCUUAGGAUUCGAUAAGAAGUCUGAAUUCUAUAAGCAUAUUGGUUCUUGCAGGAGUAUUGAAAGAUUGCUAAGAUUUAUUCUCCUUCUGCAGAGAAUCAUUGAGAACCUUCAUGCUAACAAAGAGGAGUCACUCUCAUCAGCAGUUAGGAAAGCCUAUGAUCAGGAGCUGUCAAGGUAUCAUAGCUUCUUCCUGAGAAAUACUGUUAAGGGAAUUUUCUAUCUCUUGCCAAAAAGAGAAACUUUCUUGAAGAGCAUCACUGAUGAUUUCACCCAAUGUAAAGAAGACGAGAUUGAAGGACAUAUGAAAACAAUGAUCGACACCUCUGAAGUAGUUACCUCAUACCUCAUUGACUUUAUGAAGGAGCAAGAUCACUUUGAAUUGCCAUAAGGGCGCCCAUGCCCUUAGUAUUAGGAAUAAAUCACAUUACUAAAAAGCUUA